UGCGGUCUUGGGGCUCAGCUUGGUAGUCCCGGACCAGGAGCGGAGCUGGGGCUGCGGGCCGCGCGGUAGCGACGGCGGGCGGCGCCGCAGGAGGCGAUGGGGACGCGCGCUCCGUCCCGCUGCCCAUCUGGUAUCCCCGCUCCGCUGCUCUAGGGAGCGGCGGUGGAGAAAAGAGACUGGGCACAGACAACCCCCGUCCCCGGGAGAACCUACUAGGAUUGGACCCCCGCCGUGGUGCCUCGCGGACUCCCAGGGCGUGGAAGAGGAGCGGUUCCAGAGCGCAGCUCGGAGCAUGGGGACAGCGGCUGCAGGCGGUGGCUGCGGGGGUUGCCGGUGGCUCCCGUGGCUAGGACUCUGUUUCUGGGCAGCGGGGGCCGGGGCUGCCCGAGGAACGGACAAUGGUGAAGUUCUUCCUGAUUCCAUUCCAUCUGCCCCUGGAACACUGCCUCAUUUCAUAGAGGAGCCUGAAGAUGCCUACAUCAUCAAGAGCAACCCUAUUGCACUCAGAUGCAAAGCAAGGCCAGCCAUGCAGAUAUUCUUCAAAUGCAAUGGCGAGUGGGUCCAUCAGAACGAGCAUGUCUCAGAGGAAAGUCUGGAUGAGAGCUCAGGAUUGAAGGUCCGGGAAGUGUUUAUCAAUGUCACCAGGCAGCAGGUGGAAGACUUCCAUGGGCCAGAAGACUACUGGUGCCAGUGUGUGGCAUGGAGCCACCUGGGGACUUCCAAAAGUAGGAAAGCUUCUGUACGCAUAGCCUAUUUACGGAAAAACUUUGAACAAGAUCCACAAGGCAGGGAGGUUCCAAUCGAGGGCAUGAUCGUGUUGCACUGCCGCCCACCGGAGGGAGUCCCUGCAGCAGAGGUGGAAUGGCUGAAAAAUGAGGAGCCCAUUGACUCUGAACAGGAUGAGAACAUUGACACCAGGGCUGACCAUAAUCUGAUCAUCAGGCAGGCCCGGCUCUCAGACUCAGGGAAUUACACUUGUAUGGCAGCCAACAUCGUGGCCAAGAGGAGAAGCCUGUCUGCAACUGUGGUGGUCUACGUGAAUGGAGGCUGGUCUUCCUGGACAGAGUGGUCAGCCUGCAAUGUUCGCUGUGGUAGAGGAUGGCAGAAACGUUCCCGGACCUGCACCAACCCUGCUCCUCUCAAUGGUGGGGCCUUUUGUGAGGGAAUGUCAGUGCAGAAAAUAACCUGCACUGCUCUUUGUCCUGUGGAUGGCAGCUGGGAAGUAUGGAGUGAAUGGUCGGUCUGCAGCCCUGAGUGUGAGCAUCUUCGCAUCCGUGAGUGCACAGCUCCACCCCCAAGAAAUGGGGGCAAGUUCUGUGAAGGUCUCAGCCAGGAAUCUGAAAACUGCACAGACGGUCUCUGCAUUCUAGAUAAAAAACCUCUUCAUGAAAUAAAACCCCAAAGCAUUGAAAAUGCCAGCGACAUUGCUUUGUACUCGGGCUUGGGUGCAGCCGUCGUAGCUGUUGCUGUCCUGGUCAUUGGCGUUACCCUCUACAGAAGGAGCCACAGCGACUACGGCGUGGACGUCAUUGACUCUUCUGCAUUGACAGGUGGCUUCCAGACCUUCAACUUCAAAACAGUUCGUCAAGGAAAUUCUCUACUCCUGAAUCCUGCCAUGCAGCCAGACCUGACAGUGAGCCGGACAUACAGUGGGCCCAUCUGUCUGCAGGAUCCACUGGACAAGGAGCUCAUGACAGAGUCCUCACUCUUCAACCCUCUAUCUGACAUCAAAGUCAAAGUCCAGAGCUCAUUCAUGGUUUCCUUAGGAGUGCCUGAGAGAGCUGAGUACCAUGGCAAGAAUCACUCGGGGACUUUCCCUCAUGGCAACAACCGAGGCUUCAGUACAAUACAUCCGAGAAACAAAACGCCGUACAUCCAAAAUCUGUCAUCCCUGCCAACGAGGACGGAGCUGAGGACAACUGGUGUCUUUGGCCAUUUAGGGGGGCGCUUAGUAAUGCCAAAUACAGGGGUGAGUCUACUCAUACCACAUGGGGCCAUCCCAGAGGAGAACUCUUGGGAGAUUUACAUGUCAAUCAACCAAGGUGAACCCAGCCUGCAGUCAGAUGGCUCUGAGGUUCUCCUGAGUCCUGAAGUCACCUGUGGUCCUCCAGAUAUGCUUGUCACAACUCCCUUUGCACUGACAAUCCCUCACUGUGCAGACGUCAGUUCAGAGCACUGGACCAUCCACUUGAAAAAAAGGACACAGCAAGGGAAGUGGGAGGAAGUGAUGUCAGUGGAGGAUGAGUCCACAUCCUGUUACUGCCUUUUGGAUCCCUUUGCCUGUCAUGUGCUCCUUGACAGCUUUGGAACAUAUGCCCUCACAGGAGAGCCAAUUACAGACUGUGCCGUAAAGCAGCUCAAAGUGGCUGUGUUUGGCUGCAUGUCCUGUAACUCCUUGGAUUACAACCUGAGAGUUUACUGUGUGGACAAUACUCCUUGUGCAUUUCAGGAAGUGGUUUCUGAUGAACGACACCAAGGCGGCCAGCUCCUGGAAGAACCAAAGCUGCUGCAUUUCAAAGGGAACACCUUCAGUCUUCAGAUCUCGGUCCUUGACAUCCCUCCAUUCCUCUGGAGGAUCAAACCAUUCACUGCAUGCCAGGAAGUCCCCUUCUCCCGCGUGUGGAGCAGCAACCGGCAGCCCUUGCACUGUGCCUUCUCCCUGGAGCGCUACACGCCCACCACCACCCAGCUGUCCUGCAAAAUCUGCAUUCGGCAGCUCAAAGGCCAUGAACAGAUCCUGCAAGUGCAGACAUCCAUCCUAGAGAGUGAACGAGAAACCAUCACUUUCUUCGCACAAGAGGACAGUACUUUCCCCGCACAGACUGGCCCGAAAGCCUUCAAAAUUCCCUAUUCCAUCAGGCAGAGGAUCUGUGCUACGUUUGAUACCCCCAACGCCAAAGGCAAGGACUGGCAGAUGUUAGCACAGAAAAACAGCAUCAAUAGGAAUUUAUCGUAUUUUGCUACACAAAGUAGCCCCUCUGCUGUCAUAUUGAACCUCUGGGAAGCUCGUCAUCAACAAGACGGGGACCUUGACUCACUCGCCUGUGCCCUUGAAGAGAUUGGGAGGACACACACGAAACUGUCGAACAUCACAGAGUCCCAGCUUGAUGAAGCUGACUUCAACUACAGCAGGCAAAAUGGACUCUAGUCUAUUCCCUCUCUUGAGGCAGCACCGGUGAUGGCCAGCUUCGGGGCAGGGGCUUCAAGUGGGGAAGAAGAGGCAGAUUUCUGCUGAGGGGCAUUUGGGGAAAUCAGCCUUUAUUGAGAGCCAGUGAGAAUCCCUGGUUGAAGAAAAUGAGUUUAAUGUAGGUAAAACAUGCCAAUAGCAGAAAACAAAACAAAACAAAAGACCCUGCUGUCUCCUUUGAGUCCACAUCGGUAAGCCUUGGAUAUGCUCCUCAGUUGUGGACUGCUGAGGGAAAGAGUGAAGGUAACUGUAGAUAAAAGUAGUUCUGAAGAAUAGACACACUACGACAAUGCUGGGAAGGCAGAGAUUAAGUGCACGUCUGGAAAUAGGUUUUUAAAGACUUACCCCACAAGGCUAGCUGAUUCUGAGACCAGAAUUUCAGUUUCCAACCAACUGGCAUCCAGGAUAUUGGAAAUCAUGGUAAAACUAGCUUUCAGAAGUGAAAUAAGAUUGCCAAACUCUUAGUGAUAUCACCAAUGCCAGGGAGGACAUUUAGAAUUUAGAGUCUGAGUACAUCACACCAGCACUUAUUAUAUGAGUCACUUAAUGGAAACCAGAUCAAAAAGCAAGAUAGACCUCAAACUAGCUCUUGGUACCUCACCUUCAUUUAUUCUUUUUCCUCCCACAGACGAAACUCAUUUCUCUCCCCAGGUUGCAGUAUGGAGGUAGUAAAGAAAAGGCUUAUACACUUAAAUAUGUAAAUAUAUUGCUCCUAACUCAACAGAUUAGAACAACCUCUGUUCCCAGCCAAGCCAUUCACAUCUCUGAGUGUAGUUAGAAUACAGCUUACCCCAUGGAGUGGAGAUAGGAGAGGCUAGACAGGUCCAGGAAAAUAUGCAUACUACAGAUGUCCCAGGCUUCAAGAAAUCUCUGAGUAUAAGAGAUGGGUAAUUAACCCAAGUUCUCCAACAUUUUUCCCAUAGGAAAUGUGUUUUACUGUGUUGUUUUCUUUUUUUUUUUUAUUCAGAUUCUUGAAAUCUUCUAACCUUUUGUACUAUGCUGUCACAGUAGGUCUCAAGAGGGCUUUAGAUUAUCACCUUUUGGAAACUUACCUGAUAGCCUUUCUGAAUUAACACUGAGGAAAUGAGUGCAUUCAAGGAAUAGAACCCUAUCACACACAUCAUACAGAGAGCCUUCAUGCUCUGACUGACUGGCCUCACCAUGUACACUUUCUCCUUAAACUAUUAACUUAUUACUCUCAUUUUGUGUAACAUAUACAUAUAUAUGUAUAUAUACAUAUAUAUAUAUAUAUGUUCAGUGGUAUUAUAGAGAAUUGAAAUCUGUAGAUGACUUGUGAGUUUCAUCUUAUGCUUACUACACUUUUGUAAUUGAUUAUAUAAUUUUGACCAAUAUCCUGGGAAACUGAAGAUGAAAAGAUAUACUCAUCUGCUGGACAAUGUUUUCAGUAACUAUCUACAAUGAGAACAACCCAAGUCAAACACCUACAUUAACUUCUAGGCAGCUACCUAGUUACUUUGGAGCUGACUACAUUUGGAAAAGAAUGGUCAGAAGUAGGAGAAGUGAGAAUUCUUGGUAAUGAGGACAUGAUCAUGCUUUUGUUUCUGUAAGUCCUUUGAGUGAAAACAAAUGUUUGCAGCCUCUUAGCAAGUGGGAAAGACCUAAAGGCAGGUUGAAGUUAUGAUCCCACAGAUAAGGCAUUGCAGAACUCUUCAAUGUGUUAGCCAUUUUAUCUAAAUAGUGUGUGAUAUAUCUGAUCCCUUAUAUUCCAUAGACAACUUUGCUGUGUGCAAAUCUAAAGAAACCAGAUUGCUUCACUUGUGACCCGGCUUAUUCUAUUGAACAAAUGAGUCAUCUUAGAACUGUCAAACUUACUCAGAAUCCCCUAUCUGAAUCAGGAGAGCACCCUUUCCCUAAUAGUCUCAACUUACUUAUUCAUCCUUGUGAAGAAGAAUGAGAAAAAGCAUAAAAAGGUAAAACCGUUUGUCUUCACUGAUAGAGUUUUAACAAAAAGAGAUUGGAAAUAGAUGAUGAAUCACAAGCAGAUAGAUGAUGAGUGGCAGGAUCAGAUGCAGACGAAAUCUGCAUCCCUUGUUAGGCGAUAAACUAUUUGCAACACAUUCUAGAGAGAUCUUCUACUAAUGUCCAUUUGGAAGAUUUUUGUUUAAAAUUUCCUAUUCUUAUAUAUUUCUCUUCUUUCCCUUCCAAUUGGCCUUAUAAUUGUUUAUCUGUUGUGUGAACCUACACUUGUUCUUUGUAGAUUUUUGAAACUUUUUUAUACUGCUAUAAACAGAUAAAAAUUGUAAGUGAUUUUCCUGGCAUCCAUGUAGGUUAUAUUAAGAUGAAAUACCAUGAUCAACAUAAAUGUUGAUUCCAGUGUCUGCAGUUUCCCCACUGGCUUCAUGUUUUGUGUUUUGUUUGUUGGGUUUUCUGGCCUGUGUUUAUAAGUGCGCUUGAGCAUUAUAUCAUAUGCAGUAAUAAGGGAGAUGUUAGCAAGAUCCACGUCACAUCCCAGCCCGUGGUUCAGUGAGGUCCACCUGGACUUUUUAUGUUUCCUUCUUUAUAUCUGUCUUAUUUCUGCUAGGAUGCUACACAGGAUUUUGAAAUAAAUAUGUUACAUUCUGCAGUCUUUGACUGCCAGGGUUGUGUAAUAUUUUACAAUGAAAUUUCAAAGAGAACCCUGGUCUGUGAGAUUUACAGACUAAGGGGCUUACGGAUGAAUGUGUGUUGGGGGAGGGUCUGCAGGUCACAAAGUCGUAGCUGACACUUGGAAAUGUGGUGAUUCUCUGUGACCUCAAGCUUUUCCAUUACCUUCACCUGUCACAAAACACACAUCCCCCUUGGAAGAGGCUAACUCAUUAUUCCAGGCACUAAAUUUGGAAGUGUCAGUAUCCUAGUACAAGAUGAAGCAAAAAUUAAAAAUGGCCUUAAACACUUAGGAGGUUAUGAAAAAUUUUUACAAAAUAUCCUACUUAAUGCCAAAUUUCUCAGUGCUCAGAGACAUUAAGUCUAAGAGUUAUACAUUAAACACGAAUUAAAAUUAUGCCACCAAAAUGGUGCGAUCCACAGCUUUGCCAGACUACAGCAUCAUAAAGUUAAUUUAUUAUCUUUACAACAUCAAACGUACAGUCUUAGCAGUUUACAUUGACAUUCUUUAAGCCAAAAGGAAACUUGUUCUGUGGAUUUAAAUGCAAACUUCAUUUACCAGUGCAGGCAGACUCAUAAAACUCAGAUGUACUCUCACAAAAAUUUUAUUGGCCUUUUUGUAAGAGAUGAAAGGAAUUGAUAUAGCUCCCUUUAAAGGGAGGAACUUUUCUCUUAUUUUUUUAUUAUUUUUAUCUCAAACUGCUGUGGUCCUGGUAUUAUUUUUCUUCCAUUUGGCUAGGACAAGGACUAUUAAGUCAAAUCACACAGGGUUCUCUUUGGAGCAAAGUAUCUGGAUUUAGUGCAGUGAUUUCUUUUCUUCAACAAAACCUCUAAACAUCAAGCAUGUGAAGCAAAAGUAAAAAAUUAAAAUGGUGUGAAUGGUUUUACACACUUUCACCGAAUUUACCUGUGACUUUCAGAAUGUUAACAAAAUCUUUGGAUAUGCUUCUAUUUUACUUUUUCCUGUUAGAUGUUUUCACUCUCUCAGUCUAUCUGGCCUCUGUAAAUGUGUUGAAUGAUAGAGCUAUCAGACAUGCUAAAGGCAACAUUCUCUGAGGUCUUCAUUCCAGCAGCAAUGAGGAAGGAGUUGAGAAACGUGCCUCUCUGGCCCACUGCGUGGCCCAUUUCCAUUCUGUCUCUCAUGAAGCAUAGCAAAACGUGAACCCUUAUUAACUCCCAAAGCCUGGACUACAGGUGACAGCCACAGCACCUGCAAGAACAAAAAUGUGGGCUUACCAAUGGUGACAACAUUUUAUUAGCCCUUUGGUGUUCAUUGUCAUAGCACUGUAUUUGAACAUUGAUGCUUUUUGCCAACCGUUGAAUGGCCACCGUUUCCGUAGUUGCCACUGUUUCGUCCGCAUAGAAUUUUCCUGAACUACAAGCAAAAGCGUAUUUUGUCAAAUGUCACAAAAGUGAAAAUGUUACUAACCUUAGACGUGUUGCAUAUUUUGUGUUUUUCUUUUCCAAACUCUUUCAAAAGCUGCGGUGACAAAGCUGUUUGGCUGUAUUGACAGCAUGUGGUGUCUUUUGCAGAAGCAACUCUAGGAGAGCCAGUGUCUACUGUGGACUCUUCACAUCCCCACUACAGGGUCACCCACAAAACUGAAAUGGCAAUUUGUAAACUGUCAUUUUUCUCUAAAUGUCAAAGGGGAUGAAAGGUACUAGGCCUGGCUAUUAGUCACUAGUGUGUAGUACUGUGAUAUGAAGUAGGAAGUUUAUCUCGCAUAGAAUAAUUGUGGUUUUUUGAAGCAGCUACUCAUUGCUUUUUUCUUUUGCUGUGAAGAUCAUGGAUUUGGGGUGUCCUCAAAAAGUGGGCCUAAGGCAGUAACAUUGUAACUUCAUGUCUUCAAACUUACCACACAUCCGAACCCAAAGAUAAAAAAAGGCAGGAAGAAACCUAGUGAGGCCUGAGCUUAAAUUCUCCCUGCCCUACCCAGCAUUAAGUUCAGGAGGAGUUGUGUGUUUUUUUUCCCAUGAAGUUACUCCUUUUGAUUCUAUUAUAUAUCACUGAAUCUUUAUAUCAUAUAUCAGUGCAUUUCUUUGCCUGAGUGGAAAUAUGUAUCAAAUAUUUUCACUGAAGGCGUGAAUGGGUAUAAUGAAUAUACCCUUUGUCUUAAAUCUGGCUAACUCUUAAAACAAUGAAUUCACCUAAUUCAACCAUGAUUCACACCUAAAUUCCAGAAUUAUGAACAGUGUACAAUAACCUUUAAAUCUGAGACAUUUCUAGUGAGUGGUGAGCUUACUAGGGUUCUGAUGGAAGUGUGAUAUUUAAAGGGAACAUGUAAGCCAAAUAUGCCACAAGACUCCUUUUUCAAAACACAGGCAUUCCUCUCAAAUGUGGAAGCAGCAUUCCUAAUAUUCCUUCAUGAGCAAGCAUGGAAAGUGGUAAGAAGGAGAGUCACCAGGACACAGCCUUCAGAGGCUCCUGGCAGAAAAGCUGAGAACAGAAAACCCCAAAUGGUACCUCCUAGAUGCUUCCUAAUUCCUUAAAAUCUUCUCAAUAAAGGGGAGAAUACUCAAGUAUCAGAAUACCCCAGUCAGAAAAACAGCUGUCUCCAUCUCUACACUAGGUGAAGAACAGAAUUUCCAUUCUUCAUAGUAAGGUCUGAUUGAUACAAACACUCCAAUAAAUUGUGGCCUAGAUCUGUUGUAAACAGGGGCACGUAGAAGAAUGUUGGCUCAUUUUCCUCAGCCCAAACUUGGAAACAUAGGUGAUAUUUUUCCCUCUUUCUAUAUAGAAGAAUUUAAAACAUAUUCAAUUUUGUUCUCUUUAUUUUGGGAACAUACAUGGGGGUGUUCUUUCAAAUGAUUCAUUUUUUUUCAAACCCAUACCACUCUCAAUGUUCAUUUGAUGUAUUCAAAGCCAAAAAAUUAUGAACUAAUAUUAAAGCAGAGCUGAACACUAACUCGGACAUGAAGCUGAAGGAGUGAGCAAGCCAGAGGAGAGGGUCUAAGCAAAGCAUGGCCUUGGCUUCAUACCACACUUUUUGUGCCUUGUAUUAUCAGUGUAAAUUCUGAAUGUUGUACAGUAAAUACUUGGAUGGACUCCUUAGCAAGGAUGCACCGGCUUCUUUUUCAGCACAUGUACAUAUCUAUAAAUAUAUAUACAUAUAUAUUUGGUAAUGCCAAACAGCUAUGUUAUAUUGUACUGAACAAAAAUGGCCCGUUUGGAUGUUUUAUGUAGAGUUUGCAAAAAAAAAAAAAAAUGGAUGGUUAUCGACUUUUCGAGAUAAAUGUACAGGCAUAAAUUACUGCUUACCAGUUAUUUAUGA